AUGACAUUCAGGCUGAUUUGGCAAUUCCUUUUGAUAGCCUCUCUCACUACUGCUCUCACAGUAAAAGAGAAUGACCGCGCGUCUUUCGUGACAGCGGCUAAGAGCGCCGCUAGCAACGCAGUAAGCUAUUACAACGACCGACAGAGCAAAGACAUACCUGGCAAAUUCGACGGUACUUGGUGGGAAGGCGGUGCCUUUUUUAACUUUCUCAUAAACUACUGGCACUGGACUGGCGACAGCCAAUACAACGAUAUUAUUACCGAGGGGCUAGCUUAUCAAGCAGGCGACAACAAUGACUUUUAUCCGUCAUCUGUACAGGGCACCAUAGGAAAUGACGAUCAAGAGUUCUGGGCACUGGCUGCCAUGACUGCAGCAGAACAAAAAUUUCCCGACAAUCCCAAGGCUGGUGCUGUAGGUUGGUUAGGGCUGGCACAAGGUGCCUUCAAUGACUUUAUGGACCGUUGGGAGUACGACAAAUUAACCUGUGGUGGGGGUUUACGCUGGCAAUUAGUCCCAACCUUGGGCGGAUAUACCGCCAAAAAUUCAAUUUCCAACGGCGCCUUUUUCCAACUUGCAGCUCGUCUAUAUUGGUACUCGGGCAAUCAGACAUAUGCCACUUGGGCGAACACAGUAUGGGACUGGAGUGUGCAGUCGUCAUUGUUCAACAACCAAACAUGGAAAAUCAACGAUAUAGUCAAUAUUGCGGGUGACUGCCAGAAUCCAGACAGGUCUCAAUAUAGCUACAACUAUGGCUCCUACGCAGCAGGUGCCGCAUAUAUGUACAACAAAACAAACGGCAAAGAGGAGAAAUGGAAGACCGGGCUUGAUGGGAUCCUUCAAAUGACGUGGUCAACCUUCUACCCCACGAAGUAUGGCGGUAAUAUCAUAUCCGAGGUCAUCUGUGAUCCUUGGGCGAGAUGCGACCGCGAUCAACUGUGUUUCAAAGGCUUAAUGGCCAGUUGGCUCUCGACAAUAGCACUGGUUGCACCAUACACCUCGGGUGAGGUUAUACCCAAGUUGACCGGCUCAGCCGUCGGCGCUGGCCAGUCUUGUACCGGCGAGUCAAAUAACCAGUGCGGCCAACAAUGGUACGCUGGGAAGUGGGAUGGCACCAAAGGAAUCGAGCAGGAGAUGUCGGCUCUCAGCGUGUUUGCCAACUCCCUUGUGGCUUUCGCAUACGAAGGCACAGCUGGUCCCGUCGACGCAGAUAAUGGCGGCAACAGUACCAGCAAUCCUGAUGGUGGCGGCAAAUCAGGCGAAUAUAAACCCCCUGUGCUGAAAGAUAUCACAGGCGGGGAUCGAGCAGGGGCAGCGAUAGUGACCUUACUCUUCGCCGGUGCCUGGAUCGCCAUUGUGCUGUGGUUGUUGCGCGCGAAAUGA